CAAACCAACCAGGCAUGAUACAAGCGGUGGACCGAGGGCACAAGAUUCGCCCGGAAGCAUCCGAGGGUACGAACUAACGCGCGCCCUCGGUCAAGGAGAGUUUGGUAAAGUCUACGAGGCAAGACUAGGUGAGGCUGAAUACGCUAUAAAGCAGAUACAGCUGAAGAGCAGUCGGAGAGCAAACUGGCUGGCGUUUCGCUCGCUUCAUUCCGUCGGCCGUUUGCGGGCUGUUGGGGAGGAAAGCGCUGCAGCAGAACUAGAACCACUGUUAGCUCUCAGCAAGCUGAAACAUAAACAGCUUGUCAGGUUCUACCAGGCCUUUAUAUCGCAGAAGUCCAUGUGGAUUGUGCUGGAGCUGUGUCCCCUGGGUGACAUGGAUGGUUUCGUCCUGUCGGAGGAUUACGACCGUGCGUUGGACCUGUCAAUCAUGAGACAAGUAGCGGCGGGAAUCGCCUUCCUGCACGAGAAUGGUAUCGUCCACCGUGACGUCAAGCCCGCGAACAUCCUCUUCACGGGUAGACCGUGGUGCCCGGAGGCGAAAAUCGCGGAUUUUGGGCUGGCGAAGCUGUACACGGCCGUAACAGGGGGUGGGGCGCCAGGGGGGUUGGUUUCGGGUAAAGGCACGCCAUGUUUCGUAGCCCCCGAAGUCGUGCAACCUCCUUAUACCGAAAAAUGCGACGUGUUUUCUAUGGGGGUAGUUUUUGCCGCUCUUAUAGACCUCACAACCGUCGCAAGAGGAAAGUUGGGACUGCUUAUAAAAGGUGAACCGAUCUUUGAAGCUCUUAUUGAGAAUCCAGAGCUGAACCUGUACAGGCGGUUGAUGACGUCACUACCGUCGGGAAGCCCCCUGAAAGACCUGUGUCUGUCCAUGCUGGCGUACAAGCCUGUAGAUCGUCCCUCGGCUGCGCAUGCGCGGGAAGCCCUGGUUCACAUACGUCAUCAAGACUCCCAGCAUGCUCCACGUCGUCAGCAGGACGCCGCUGAUGCUGGCGCAUGCGCAGAUCACGUCCUUGGGACGGUUUUGACCUUGAGACAUUUAGAACUCACGGAUGAGACAGAAGAAAGCGGUGACGACUUGACACACAAUGAAGCGCGUUGCCAUAGUAACCAAAGUCAGUAUUCCGACGCUUCUGAUGACGUCGACACUUCUGAGGACGAUGACGUAGAAUACAACGAUGACGACAUAAAAUGUCAGUUACUUUGA